AUUUCACAAUAUUUUGCAUAUUCCUUGUUUAUCCGGUGAGUUAACACCUUCAGAUCCAAUAACAAUCAUUACCUGUGUGUUUGGCUCCAAGUUUCUAUGUUAAGCGACGUGGGAAUCGAUAUGAUGAGGAUCUUCUGAAGCAUUCCUGUUGGCAUGUGAUUCAGCUGUCAGGAGUACAGAGUGUGGUCCUAGGUCCCGUGUACAGCACCGUGUAGCCACUAGAACUAACGCUAGCCACCCAGUCUCAGCUGACACGACGGAGCCAAACAGUUGGUCUUCAUUUUGAGACUUGAGAAACAUUUGAAAGGACUGCCUACUGCGGAGUGUGACCAGUGGCGAAACGACCAGCCCUGACUGAGGGCAACUACAACAUGAGUACCAAGAGGAAGGAGGAGAGCUUGCCUCAGACAAUGGGCAAGUCUCGCACCAAGAGACCUGACCAGUCCCGGCCAGAAUUCGAGAGAGACUCCGGCUUCUCAGAUACAAGCUCGGAGCAUUUCAGUGUGAUGGACCAGGCGGAGUCAGACGACAACUCUCGGAAAGGGGGUGCGGGGAAGGGAGCCUCUCGGCCAUCCUCUCAGCACUCACAGCUGGCUGUCAUCGGGGGCUUCUCCCCGAACCUGUCCCCCAUGAUCAUCAUGAACAACGUUCUCCUUAAGCAGCCUGGAGAUAAUCCUCCUACCCUUAAGCCGUGGAGCUUCAGCCCGGCGGUGGAGAUGGUGCAGCAACCGCAGAUGGUCUUCCUCCAGCCGGUGGUCUCGACCCGCGGCCCUUCUGUGACCACCGAGCCCUCUUCUAAGCGCCGGCGCCACAAGAAGUACCUCCCCAUCCUCAAGUCCUACCCAAAAAUCGCCCCCCACCCCGGGGACAGUCCCAGCCACACCAGCACCAGCAGCAGCAGCAGCAGCACAAGCUCAUCCUCUAGCUACAGCUCUGUCGCAUCCUCGGGGAAGAGCUGCAGUUUGACCUUCAGCCACCACGAGCGCCAUCGCAGAGACAGGAAGGACAGCGUCUCGGGGUAUUCCACGGCUAGCUCUCUGCCGGCGUCACCGCUCCCCCACAUCGUCCUCGCUGACUCCGCCCCUCCCGCUCACAUCUCUGCCCCUGGGGGUCCCGCUCAUCUCUCCAGGUCCGCGUCGGUCCCAGCGGCCAACCGCAAAUCGACAGACACUAAGACCUCGGAGAUCUCCCGCCUGCAGACGCCCAAGGAGAGUGGCGGCAACAGUAGCCGCAGCAGUAUCCGCAGCAACCACAGCCGCCCCAGCAGCCCUGGUGCCAGCAGCAUCAACCAGGACUGCAACAGCGACAGCACGGACGGCGACUCCAACGGCAGCAACAAGCGCAAGCGCUUCUGCAACACUUACAACAUCCUGAGCAAGUCGGGGCUGCUGGACAUCACACUGCGCACCAAGGAGCUGAUCCGGCAGAACCGCCGCACGCAGGGCGACCUGGAGCGACUCCGCGAGCACACCAGCCUCUUCAUGGAGGUGCUGAAGAGCGGAGACGUGUCCGUGUACGACCGGCUCCAGAGCAGCAUGCUGGAGGAGGACAACCAGGAGAAGAGCGCCUAGACCACGGUCCUGCCCCUGGAUGGACUGACAGACAAAUGGACAGGCGUAGAUGGAGAGCAGUGCAUAUGCCUGGACAGAUGAUGUCCAGUGGCUGUCUAAAAAAAACAACAAUUCAACUUGACUUAGCAAGUGACUGGGCCGCUUCCUGCCUGGUGUUGAUGCUAGUGUCCAGUGUACGGAUCAAGUGGUCCAAAUGUAACAAAAAAGGGAUGGCGGCUUUACUUGGAGUGCAAAUACUCAAAUAUUUGCUGAUCAGAGUGUUUUUGUUGUUGUUUUCUUUUCUUUUUUUUAAGAUUGUAACAGGCUAGUGUUGUCCAGAGGGAGCCUUAAGAUGGGUGUCCCCUCAGCCAACAACCAAGCACAACAGGCUGAGUGAAUGACCCUGUGCUUGGGACUGUCUCGGCUAAAGGGAAAUGGCCUCCGUUGGCGUGGCACUGCACUAACGAGCACUUGCAUGCGCGCGCACACACACACACACACACACACACGGACGGAAGGAAGGAAUUCUUGAGACGCACACGGCCUGUGUUACAGCCUUAAUUCCUAUUUAAGGACCUAGUUAGUCAGCCCUUUUUCCUUCCCAGACAUGGUUGGAAUCGGCCAUUGGCACAUCUCAGCUCCUUACUCUAAAGAUCAUGGCCUUUUUUUUUUUUUUUUUUAUAAAGACAAUUUUUUUUCCCCUUCUGCAAAC